AUGACCACCAGGUUUUUGCUGCACGUUUGCCUCAUACUGCUCUUCUCCACUGAAAUCUCAUCUCGACUCUGUACCAUGCUUCACUUCCAGCAGAACAAAGUGAACAAAGAGAGCUUAGAGCUUCUGCAGAAAAGGAGCAGAAAUUUCCCCUCACAAUGCACAAAUGAAAGGGCAACUUUCAAGCCCACCCAGGAUAUUGUCCAACUUUCAGUGGCCCAGAAGGAGAAUGCCAAGGUGGUAAUUCAAGAGAUCCUCCAAGAGAUCUUCAACAUCUUUACCAAAAACCUCACCCAAAGUGCCUGGGAUGCCACUUCCAUAGUCAAGUUCCAAAAUGGCCUUUACCAGCAAAUUCAGCGGCUGGAGGCAUGUUUGAGAGCACAGAUGGAGAAGGAAUUAACCAACCCGGAAAGUCAGGACCUCCAGCUCACCAGUCGGAGUGUGAAACAAUACUUUCAGGGGAUAGAUGCUUUCCUGAAAGAAAAGCAAUACAGCCUGUGCGCCUGGGAGAUCAUUCGCGUGGAAAUACCCAGAUGUUUUGUGCUGGUUGACAAACUCACUCGAAGGCUGAGUAACUAA